AUGGCAAGAUUACCAAAAGGAGGAAGUGGUCGGAAGAAGAUACAGCUGAAAAGAAUUGAAAAUGAAAAGGAGCGAGCGGUUACCUUGACAAAGCGAUAUGGCGGAUUAUUCAAGAAAGCCAAUGAGCUCGCGACGCUAUGUGGCGUACAGAUUGCAAUCAUCGUCUUCUCCUUAAGUGGAAAGCCUCUCUCUUUUGGAAGCCCCGGUGUUCCUUUCAUCAUAAACAAAUUUCUCAACUUGAAUCAACCCGACCAACAACCAGAUGACUUCAUCGCAAGGUUUAAGAAAUCUUACAAUGAAUCCAGAUUGCAGAAUCUCAAUCAAGAACUCGAUGAAUUGAAUGAGCAAUUAGCAAAUGAGAAGAAACGGGGACAGAUGUUGAAAGAACAUUUAAAGGCGACGUUGGGUUGUGAAACGUAUGAGGAAUAUAUCGGAAGCCUUGGGAUACAUGGGCUCAUGCAACUAAGAUCUAAACUAGAUGAAAUGAAGCAACACAUCGAGCGUAGUGAUGAUGAAAUAAUUGGGGCUUCAUCCUCAAAUGAUGAGGCUGAGGUGGAUCUAUCUAAGAUUGGAGCGCCUGAAGAUUACUUGAAACUGUAA